UUUCCAACGGGCCAAACGUGGCCUGUCAUUCUACCGUUUCUUUCUUCUAACAGCAAGGUCUGGUAGAAUGAAGACUAACAGCCCGAUGGCUGCUAACCGUUCCACCCGUUGUUCAGAACUUCGCUCACCUCCCAGGCCUGUUUAGGCCUUUGUCUGUUGUCCUCAGGACUAGCUUGCUGAAGUAGAAACAAACUCAGAGAAAGUUGGUCAAUGAUCUAGGAGGUACCCCCAGGAGAGUCAGGAAAGAUGUAUGGCUGUGGAUGCUGACGGUACCAGAAAUCUUCCUCAGUCUCCCUCAGCAGCUGGGUGGCCUUCAUCAUAUCCUUUUCAUUCUUAUGUUCUUCAAACUGGGCACUCAUCAAACAAGUGAAGUAGCAGUAUUUGUCCCUGUGGACACACCACUACUCGAGGUGGCUCAGCGCCUGCUUAUAAAACCACAACACCUUCUGCUGACGAAUCAGGUCAUCUGUUUGUCCCAUCAUUUGUUCAGGUGGUAUUCUCUAGAUCUCUGCAUUAUAAAGCUCAAUGGAUUUUGUGACAGCCCUGGCUAAACUCCAAGAGGCAUCUAGCUGUCCCAUCUGUCUGGAUUACUUGAAAGACCCAGUGACCAUCAACUGUGGGGACAACUUCUGUCGCUCCUGCCUCAGUGUAUCCUGGAAGGAUCUAGAUGAUACCUUUCCCUGUCCUGUUUGCCGUUUUUGCUUUCCAUACAAGAGCUUCAGGAAGAACCACCAGCUCCGUAAUUUCACUGAAAUUGCUGAACAACUCCAGAUUAGGAGGAGCAAGAGAAAAAGGCAGAAAGAGAAUGCCGUGUGUGAAAAGCACAAUCAGUUUCUGACCCUCUUCUGUGUGAAGGAUCUAGAGAUCUUAUGUAUACAGUGCAGUUUGUCCACUAAACACCAGAAGCACUACAUUUGCCCUAUUGAGAAAGCUGCCCCUUAUCACAGAGAAAUUCUGGAAGGUAGCCUUGAGUCCUUGAAGAAUAAUAUAAAACGAGUUGAAAAAGUGAUAAUUCUGCAAGGCAGCAAGUCAGUGGAGCUGAAAAAGAAGGUAGAAUAUAAGAGGGAAGAAAUAAAUUCUGAGUUUGAGCAAAUUAGAUUGUUUUUACAGAAUGAGCAAGAGGCUAUUCUUAGGCAGAUACAAGAUGAAGAGAUGGACAUUUUAGCAAAACUAAAUGAAAACCUUGUAAAAUUUUCAGAUUAUGUUUCUAUAUUAAAACAUCUACUGAGGGAGGUAGAGGGCAAGUCUGUGCAGUCAAACCUGGAAUUACUGACACAUGUGAAGAGUAUACACAACAGGUAUCAAAACCUAAAACGCCCUGAACUCUUUUCAUUUAAAUUAACAAAAUAUGGUUUUAGUCUUCCUCCUCAAUAUUCUGGCUUGGACAGAAUUAUCAAGCCAUUUCAAGUAGAUGUGAUUCUAGAUCUUGACACAGCACAUCCUCACCUUACUGUCUCUGAGGAUAGAAAAGCUGUGCGAUAUGGAAGAACAAAACCAAACAUUUGUUACAACCCAAGGAGAUUUUAUGCCUGCCCUGCUGUCCUGGGCUCUCAGAGAUUUUGUUCUGGCCGACAUUACUGGGAGGUAGAAGUGGGAAACAAGCCUAAAUGGAUAUUGGGUGUAUGUCAAGACUGUCUUCUUAGGAACUGGCAGGAUCAACCAUCAGUUCUGGGUGGAUUCUGGGCAAUUGGGCUAUAUAUGAAGAGUGGUUACGUUGUGUCAGGUCCUAAGACAACCCGGCUUCUGCCAGUAGUAAAUCCCAGUAAGAUUGGUAUUUUUCUGGACUAUGAAUUGGGUGAUCUUUCCUUUUAUAAUAUGAAUGACAGGUCUGUUCUUUAUACUUUCAAUGAUUCUUUCACAGAAGCUGUUUGGCCUUAUUUCUAUACUGGAACAGAUUCCAAACCUCUUAAAAUCUGUUCAGUAUCAGAUUCUGAAGGAUAAAAAACUGGUAAAUGAGUCUGUUUCAGUUUUCGUGGGUAACUUAGCCAGUAAAUUUAAUCUCAUUUCUGGAAUAAUUCUGAAAACCAGAGUAACUUUUUCUCCUAAAUUUUCGGCAACUGUAAAAACAUGUUCAUUGGGGGAGGGGGUUUAAAUUUUUAAAAAAAGAAAUUUAAAAAGAAAAAAGGUCAGCUGCAAUGGCUCAUGCCUGUAAUCCCAGCACUUUGGGAGGCUGAGGCAGGUGGAUCACAAGGUUAAGAGUUCGAGACCAGCCUGACCAACAUGUUGAAACCCCAUCUCUAAAAAAUGUAAAAAAAAAAAGUUCAAGACACAUUCAUAUAUGCUAUGAAUAUCAGUUGUCAAGUGCUAUGAUUUCUAAUAUAAAAUAUUUGAGAAUUAUAUUAACAUGUCCAAUAAAAUGUUUUCAAAUUGCCUGUAAAUGUUUUUAGUUAAGCCAAUUUAAAGUUGUAUACAUUAUUUAAAUAUCAUAUUUGCCACAUACCUUUCUUUCUAACUGAUUCUUGUUUACCUCCAUAUUU